CAGCACACAGGUGAGGAUCCCAAUCAUUGUAAACUCGCAGACAUUCAUUGUACCUGCAUCUAUCAGCUGAUCUGCUGUGUGUGACAUGCCGUGCACUCAGGACGCAGCAUCCUACCAUUUCUGCUAGCCUGAUGGCAACCUGAUUUUUCUCUGCAGCACUUUUUAUCUUUUGUUUUAUUGUUAUUUUUAGUUUGCAUUUUGUGAUUGCACUCAAAGGUGUAGACUGGAAGCGUGGAGAUGAAGUCCCCCCAUCUGUGUUCUGCUUUCUUGGGCUCCUUGCUGGCCAUCGUUGUUGCGUUUACUGCAAUCAGCGAAGCGACAGACUUUUGCGGCAGCAUGGACAUCCGAAAUGACGUGUCUCAGCUUCGUAAGUUGGAAAACUGUACAAUUAUCCAAGGCAAUCUACAGAUACUGCUCAUGUUCAGUACCAAGCCUGAAGACUUCCGAGGCCUAAGCUUCCCCCGUUUAACCAUGAUCACUGAGUACCUUCUCCUCUUCCGUGUCUACGGUUUGGAAAGCCUCCAAGAACUUUUCCCCAAUUUGUCCAUAAUUCGUGGCACUGACCUCUUCUUCCAUUACUCCCUGGUGAUUUUCGAAAUGCCACAUCUGAGGGAAAUAGGGCUUAUUAGCCUCACCAACAUAGUGCGAGGGGAAGUCCGCAUUGAACGUAAUCAGGAGCUCUGCCACAUUUCCACUAUCGACUGGUCGCUGUUGUCUGAGAAUGUGGAAAACUACAUUGUGGGCAACAAACCGUUAGAGGAAUGCACUGAUGUCUGUCCUGGGAUCCUGGACUCCUCCUGUGUGAAGACUGUUAUCAAUGGUGUGGAGGAGCCUCGCUGCUGGACAUCUCGAAACUGCCAAAAAGUGUGUAAUUGUGGCAAUGAGAUUGCCUGUACCAGUACCGGGGAAUGUUGCCACAGUGAAUGUCUGGGAGGAUGUAGUAAGACUGGAGACAGUCAGGCCUGUGUGGCGUGUCGAAACUUUUUCUUCAAAGAAGAGUGCUUGCCUUCAUGUCCGGCCAAUACAUACGAGUAUGAGGGCUGGCGUUGCAUCACAUCAGAGUACUGCGCCAGUCUGCGGAAAGUCUCAGAGAACCCACGGGAGUCUUCCAAGUUUGUCAUUUAUGAGAACCGUUGUCUUUCAGAGUGUCCACCAGGAUACACCAGGAAUGAGAGCAGAGCCACUCUUAAGUAG